CCCCGCCGCCCGCCGCCGCCCGCCAGGGGCUAGAGGCGGCCGCCGGGAGGGCGCGCGGCGCCGGAGACAUGUCCAGGAGGAAACAGAGCAACCCCCGGCAGAUCAAGCGUUCCCUUGGAGACGUGGAGGCUUCAGAAGAGGCCCAGGCCAUGGACACCAGCCUCCCAGAGCAAGAGGCAGGAGCACCAGAGCCUGAGGCCGUGGGAGAGCCCGAGCCCCUGAGCCCUUCCAGUCCAGACGCUAACCCCCCACCCCCACCAUCGCCACAGCCCCCCACGCCCCCAGGAGGCCCUGAGGAGAUGGAGGGGCAGGAGGAGCCAGAGACCAUGCUGGAAGAGGAGUCUGGUGUCUCCUGGAGUGGGCCAGACGAGCUGGAGCUGGUGCUGCAGGACGGGCAGAGGUGCGUGCGAGCUCGACACAGCCUCUCCGAGGGCCUGUCCUGGGGCCCCUUCCAUGGGAACAUCCAGAGCAGAGCCUCGUCCCCUGGGCAGGUGGAACCGGGCCCGGCCCUGACCCUGCUGCUGGGGGAUGAGCCCUGCUGGCUGAGGACGCUGCCCCAGGCCCUGACCGAGGCUGAAGCCAACGCGGAGAUCUACAGGAAGGAUGAAGCCCUCUGGUGCAGAGUCACCAAGCCGGUGCCGGCAGGCGGGCUGCUGAGCGUGCUCCUCAUGGUGGCCGAGCCCCGUGGCACCCCCAGCCACCCUGUGAAGAAGGAGCCAGCAGAGCCCGAGUGCCCGACCCCUGCACACGCCGACAUCCAGCUCCUGCCCCAGCAGGCCGGCAUGGCAUCCAUCCUGGCCACAGCAGUCAUCAACAAAGAUGUCUUCCCCUGCAAAGACUGUGGCAUCUGGUACCGGAGUGAGAGAAACCUACAAGCCCACCUCCUCUACUAUUGCGCCAGCCGCCAGAGCACCGGCUCCCCAGCGACCACCGCCGCAGACGAGAAGCCCAAGGAGACCUACCCCAACGAGCGGGUCUGCCCCUUUCCGCAGUGCCGCAAAAGCUGCCCCAGCGCCAGCUCCCUGGAGAUCCACAUGCGCAGCCACAGUGGAGAACGCCCCUUCGUAUGUCUCAUCUGCCUGUCGGCCUUUACCACCAAGGCCAACUGUGAACGGCACCUCAAGGUGCACACAGACACCCUGAGCGGUGUCUGCCACAGCUGUGGCUUCAUCUCCACCACAAGGGACAUCCUCUACAGCCACCUGGUGACCAACCACAUGGUCUGCCAGCCAGGCUCCAAGGCGGAGAUCUACUCGCCCGGGGCUGGGCACCCCACUGCCAAGCUCCCCCCAGACAGCCUGGCCAGCUUCCAGCAGCACACGGCCCUGCACGGCCCCCUGGCUUCUGCCGACCUGGGCCUAGCGCCCACCCCGUCGCCAGGACUGGACAGAAAGGCGCUGACCGAGGCCACCAACGGAGAGGCCAGGGCCACCCCCCAGAACGGGGGCAGCAGCGAGCCCUCGGCAGCACCGCGGGCCAUCAAGACGGAGGCGUCGACGGAGGAGGCGGAUGCGGAGCCACGACCCCCGGCCGCGGCGCGCACACCCUCGCCGCCCAGCCCCGGCCCCGGCCCGGCCCGGGUGAAGGCCGAGCUGUCCAGCCCCACGCCCGGCUCCAGCCCGGGCCCCGGCGCACUCUUCCUGCCGCAAUUCCCCGCCGCGCCGCCGGCCUCCGAGAUCCUGGCCAAGAUGUCCGAGCUGGUGCACAGCCGGCUGCAGGCGGGCCCCGGGGCGCAGGCGGGGACGCAGGCCGGCCUCUUUGCGGGGGCCCCCAAGGGCGCCACAUGCUUCGAGUGCGACAUCACCUUCAACAACGUCAACAACUUCUACGUGCACAAGCGCCUCUACUGCUCGGGCCGCCGGGCCCCCGACGACGUGCCCCCGCGCAGGGCCAAGGUGCCACCCGGCCCCGCCCGUGCGCCCCCGCCCGAGGCCGACGGGGGGCGCGCAUCGCCGGGAUGCGGGGCGCGCGAGGACGAGGCGGCGGGCGCGGCCACCCCCGAGGCCGAGGCGGAGGCCGAGGGGGGCGGCGGCCGGGGUCGGGAGGGCAGCCCGGGCAGCCCGAGCCCGGGCAGCGGGGCGGACGAGGACGACGACCCCCGCCGGACGCUGUGCGAGGCCUGCAACAUCCGCUUCAGCCGCCACGAGACCUACACGGUGCACAAGCGCUACUACUGCGCCUCGCGCCACGACCCGCCGCCGCGCCGGCCCGCGCCCGCGGGGACCCCGGGCGCCCCCGGCACCGCCGCGCCCGCCCCCGCGCCCCCGCCCGCGCCGCCCGCCGCGCCGCCCGUGCGCACGCGCAGACGCCGCAAGCUGUACGAGCUGCACGCGGCCGGCCCGGCCCCGCCCCCCGCCCCGCCCCCCGCCGGCGGCCCCGCCCCCGCGCCCGCCUCGCCGUCGCCGUCGCGGUCGCCGCGGCCCGGGAGCGGGGGCGGGGCCGGGGGCGGGGCCGGGGGGCCUGACGCCGCCGACGGCCCCAUCGACCUGAGCAAGAAGCCGCGGCGCCAGGCGCCCGUGGCCGCCGCCGGGCUGCCCGCGCUGGCCGACUACCACGAGUGCACGGCCUGCCGCGUCAGCUUCCACAGCCUCGAGGCCUACCUGGCGCACAAGAAGUUCUCGUGCCCCGCCGCCCCGCGCCACCUGCGCGCCGCCCCCGAGGACGCGCCGGCCGGCGCCGCGCUCUGCCCCUACUGCCCGCCCAACGGGCUGGUGCGCGGCGACCUCGUGGAGCACUUCCGCCGGGCGCACGGCCUGCUGCUCGGCCCGCCCCCCGCCGGCCCCGGCCCCGGCCCCGGCCCCGGCCCCGGCGCCCGGACGCCCUCGCCCGCCGCCCCCAGCGACGGCCUCAACGGCCGCGAGCCCCGGGAGCCCGCCCCCGGCGCGUCGGACGGCGGCAGCCCCCGGCCCGGACCCCCGCCCGCCCCGAGCCCCGAGCCCGUGCCGCCGCCCCCCUCCCACUCGGACAAGGGCGUGCAGACCCCCGGCAAGGGGCCGCCCGCGCCCGCGGCCGCCGGCAGCCACCGCUACUGCCGCUUGUGCAACAUCAGGUUCAGCAGCCUGUCCACCUUCAUCGCGCACAAGAAGUAUUACUGCUCCUCCCACGCGGCCGAGCACGUCAAGUGAGCGGCGGCCACGCUCCGGCCGCACCGAGGCCCGCGGCACCUGAAACAGAAGGGGAGCGCGGGAGCGCGGGAGCGCGGGGCCGGGGCGGGUGCGAGCAUGCGCGUCCGCCGCCACCCGUCGGGGGUUUGGGGGAGCGAGACCCCGGCCGAACCCCAGGUCAGCCUGAGCCGCGGGGUCAGGGGCGCCAGAGCUGGGCCGAGCCCCAGGUCAGCCUGAGGCUGCUGCACAGCGUGGUAAGCGCUGCCCCCCGGCUGCCCUCCAGGAUGCUACUACCAGCUCGACUUUGACCACCACAUACCAAAGGGAAGGACUCCAUACUGGCCAGCCGGCAGAGGACGACCCAGCCUUGUGCUUGCCAAAGCUAGUGGGGCCAGAGGGGACACCAGGGCUCCCCGCGACCAGAGAAAGCAAAUCCUCAACUGGAGCUAGCAUGACACCUGUGCUGGCUACAGUGCGUGUGAGGGGCGGGGGCAGCCCACCCCAGUUGGCCCAGCUGGCGCCGUGGGGGGUAUGCAUGCCGGGGCUGGCCCCGAGCAGUGCUUGGCAGCACCCAAGCAGAGUCCGGCCAUGGUCUUGCCCCUGUGCAGCGGGGUACUGUGGGCACCCUCAGCCUGGUGUCCCCACUAGAAAACACCCAUCAGUCCCUUUCCAACUUCGAAGGAGCAGAGCAUUUCUUCCAAUUUUACCCAGCAGCCUCUGGUGGAUGAUGUGAACUCUUCGACCUUCCUCUGUUUUGAAAUAACAGAGGUGCUUCCUGCCAUCCCCCCACCAGGCCCACUUUCCUGCCCAGUCCCUGUGGGGCUUCAGAGCUUCACAGCUGUUUGGACAGGAUCAGUCGCCGGCAUCACGCACAGGACCCUGCCCACUGACAGACGUCCCUCGCUGGCCCUGAGGACCAGGGCCCAGCAGCCAGGGCCCCCAGACUCUCCUAGGGUCUGCUCUAGGGAAGUCCGUGAGGGAGGGUCCUGGGGGAGCCAAGCUGUCUCCUUCCAGGAUUCCCAGGGCUCUGCCAGGGUUGGGGGUUAGGGGCUGGGGCGGAGGAAGCCCACGGACCCUGGGCCUGGCUCUGCAUUUGCAUUGUUCCGCAUGAAUUUGCAUGGACGGUUCAAGAGGCUCAGCUUCUGAGUCAGACCACCAGAUGGAAGCAGACGUGACCGAUGUCCACGCGUACUGUUAUUAAAAAAAAAUUAAAUCUAAUACAGAAUCGAUUUCACUGUAUAUAAAUCGUAAAAUAAAAAAUUUUU